AACCCGAAAGGGAUUGUCACUCUAUUGACAAUUUUGUGUAUAAUACCAUAUUUGGGAUAGUAGCAGUUUAAAUCAUAAACACGAUAUAUUUGUUAGCGUUGAUUAAUUAACUGUGCCAAAACCGUGAAUACGUUGGAUUUUUAUACAUAAUUUUAUACAGACUUUGAUUUACAAUGGCAACACGACCACAUGGGUAUGGUCUCACAAGUGAAGUGAACAGAAAGAUAAAUCAGAAGUACUGUCUCGAACUUGAACAGCAGGCCAGGCAAUGGAUGGAAGCGGUAUUACAGAAACCAUUGAUAGAGGGAGAAGAUCCAAAUACGCCAUUGGGUGAAGAGAAGUUUCAGAGAGCUUUAAAAGACGGCGUGUUACUGUGCGAAUUAAUCAACACUUUACAACCAGGUUCUAUAAAGAAAGUAAACCGUAUUCAAUCAGGCAGUUUUAAACAGUUUAAGGAUAUGGAAAACAUAGACAACUUUUUAACAGCGAUAACAAAAUAUGGCGUUUCAACGGCGGAUAGAUUUGGUACUGCUAAUUUAACUGAUAGGAACAACGGCAUGGCUAUUGUAUUGAACUGUAUCCAUGCAGUUGGAAGGGCGGCUCAGAAAAAUGGUUACCAUGGACCUACUCUUGGGCCUAGAGAAUCUCAGUAUAAUCCUAGAUCAUUUGAUGAGGAAACAUUACAUGCUGGGCAAACGCUUAUUGGGCUACAGUAUGGCUAUACGAAAGGGGCCAGUCAAAAGGGUAUGAGCUUCGGCAAAACGAGAUCCAUAAACGACUGACAUUACCAACCUAUAGUCUAUUUCAGAGUAGUUAGGAUAGAAAAUUCACAAUCCAUUUGUCACUGAACGAUGUUCACGCGAGUCAUAUACCAUGCAUGUUAUUAUAUUUUAAACUACGGAUGCAGGUUUUGUUUGGUCAGUAUAUCUAUACAGAUAUGAGUAGAUGAAAUAUAAAUAAACUGUAGAUUGAAGAAUGAAACAGUAUUUUCAAAGUGAUCCGAUUGAAUGGUAGUCUUGUUCAUUAUACACAUUGAUACUUAGAGUGCCAGGCAUUUUAUAAUUUCCAGCUAUGUUUGUAUCAAUAUAAUCUUCAACACACAUUAUAAGUAACGUGUAUGUUGCAAACAUUUUUGUCUUUACCUUAAUAUGUUUGUGUCUGUUGCAAACAUUUUGUUUUCUAUAACGUAUUGUACAUAGAUUUUAAAUCGAAAGAUGUGAGAAAUAUACGUAUACUGCGUCCUUUUUUAAAAAUAGUUUUGCGCGAAUGAAAGCUUUUUUGUGCAUUGUAAUCAACUCAUUAUUGAUAUUAUCAUUUUUAUUGUGUCCAGUUAUACGCAUCUGUUAACAACGAUAUAUUAAGCGGAUUGUCUUGAUACUUUGCCGCCAUUAAAAUAUUUAUGAAUAUGUGUAUGAAUAUAUGCUACGGUGCCUACGCACUCUCUGUAUAUACACCGGCUUACAUAUAAAUUCCGGUGGCCCUGAUUGAACACCAUACGGUUAUAUUCCUGCUGUUUUCUACUUUAUGUGCUUUGAUAUCUAUAACAUCUUUUGAUAAGACUUUUACCUUUAGUCAAUUAUAACUUUCUUGAUAUACCAGUAUUAUGAUCAACAAUAUUUCCUGCGUAUAUUUCAGUAAAUAUUUCAGAUGUUAGAGUGAAAUAUAUCAGGCAAUUUCACAGUGAAAAAUGCCAAAUGAGUGAAAAAUACUAAAUAUACAAAAUUUGGUUAAAAUCAUUGAAAAACAUAAAAUAAAAAGAUAAAUUAUUAGUUUUUCUUCUAAGGUCAUGUAUCUCACUAGAGAACUCCAGAUUUUAGAUUUUCAGUUGUGGUGAUGCUACUCGCGAAAUAUGUUGCAUCUAGUGUUUACUCGGGGAUUAAUCUGCUACUCUAUAUAUUCUAUCUACGUUGGUGUUAAACUGUUUUAUGGAAUGACAUUGAAGAACACUUAAAAAUUUGAAGCAAUGACCACAGUAGAAAUAGGACCGCAAUGGAAAUAUAUGGUUAGAUGUUUUCCCUCAUUUCUUUCGCUAUCCUGGCUAAGGAUUUUUAUGUAGUUUGCCUUGUUUUAAUGCGUAAAUAUACCAGUUAAUUGUAACUCAUUUACAUUGAUUUAAGGCAUAAAUGUACCAAUGAGUUUGUAUUUAAUGGCAUAAAUGUACUUAUGAAUUGUGAUUAAUUUACAUCGUCCUUAGGCAUAAUUGCACUUACUAUAGAAAUAAAGAUAUGAGCCACGCCAUGGGAAAAUCAACAUAGUGGGUUUGCGACCAGCAUGGAUCCAGACCAGCCUGCGCAUCCGCGCAGUGCGCAGUCUGGUCAGGAUCCAUGCUGUUCGCUUUCAAAGCCUAUUGCAAUUAGAGAAACUGUUAGCGAACAGCAUGGAUCCUGACCAGACUGCGCGGAUACUGUUAGCGAACAGCAUGGAUCCUGACCAGACUGCGCGGAUGCGCAGGCUGGUCUGGAUCCAUGUUGGCGCAAACCCACUAUGUUGGUUUUCUCAUGGCGCGGCUCAAUUAUAUAUUUCCCUAGCAUUCAAUUUGGAACUGGAACUGAAGACGAAAUGAGUUUAUUUUUAUUAGAAAUGAUUCGGAUUUUAAUUGAACCUUUAGCCUGCUGGCGGCAAGUUAUUCUGCCUCUGCGACCAGUACAGACCAAGAUCAACCUCAUAUCCGUGCAGGCUGAUCUUGGUCUGCAAUGGUCGCUAUUCAGUAAGUAAAUUUUAAGUGAACACCCCUUCGAAUAAUAGAUGGUACUUUUCCCAAAUUGAAUGACAGACCAGUCUGUUUUGGAAAUUAAACAGGGUAAAGGUUAAGAUUGUUUAUACCGUUAUACAUAUGUGUCUGGUCGAAAGGACAACAAUCCUAGACAGUGUUUUCAACAAAGGAGACAUUCCAGCCACUUUUUGCAUCUAUUUCAGAAAUAAAUAAAUUACCUUCGCAGAAUAACUCGUAAUAUUUAUGAUUAUAUAGCCAGAAAGUUUAAUCAUGGUGGGCCAUAUGCCAUUUAGAUGAAGUUAAUGUAUUAUAUUUUUAGAAUUUAUGUUCAGAUUCUUAUGUAAGCGACAGAUAGAUUCAUAUGAUAUUAUUGGGAAGGAAUGGGCCGAGAGAGAAUCCUGUAUAAGGAGGGAUGGGCGGAGAGAGAUUCCUGUAGAAGAGGGAUGGGCGGAGAGAGAUUCCGGUGUAAGGAGAGAUGGGCGGAGAGAGAUACCUGUUUAAGGUGGGAUGGACGUGAGGGUCCUGUAUAGAGAGGGAUGGGCAGAGAGAGUCAUGUACAGGGAUGGAUUGAGCCCGGGGAUGGACGUGCCCAUUCAGUGAGACAGUAAAAUGAAAUAGUGGAAAACCACAGGUCGCCCAACACGGAAAUGUUGCAGGCUCGGUUUGAUUAAAACGUAAAACUAAAAUCUUAUGGCUGCUUACUUUGUACUACCGUCUUGAACAAAGGAAUAUUUCAGUCUGAGGGCUGUGGUGUGUUCUGUGCAAGGAAUGACAGUUUGUCAGUUUGGAGGCGAUUUUAAUUUUCAGGGAUUUGGUUAAGUGGGGUAUUCAAACUGUAAUUAUGAUUAGACAAAAUGAUUCCUGUGUGACUGUGUGACUCUUAUGGCAGAUGUAGACUGUGUUUAUGUUAUAUAAAAAUAAAGUCAAAUGAGGUAGUGAAUGAGUGUACAUCCAGUGGAGAAUGUUUAAUAGACAGUUUCCAUAUAUUUUCAUAUUCAAGUAUUGGUACAUUGUGCUGCAAGUGCAUAUGCACGAAUGCAAUUUCAUCGCUUAUUAUCACAUACAUAUAUUUAAUUUUUAUAUACUUAAGUAUUAUCACGCUUGUUUUGCCGUCUGGUGUUGUUUGUUUUUGUAUGCCAUAAGAUUAUACAUACAUCAAAAAAGCAGGUGGACUUCAAUUCAAAGAUGUUUUAUGUGCAAACUGCAUGAGAUUAUAGACUCUUACUGCUGAUUUCUAACGGCUUUAUACGGGCUCUGGUCAGGCCUAACAAAAAGUUUCUUUUUUUUUGUCAGUCUGUACAGAAAUGUGUUUUAAGAAACUUAUAAUAUAUUUGACGUUAUCUCAAGAUUUCUAAUUCAACUGAUUUUUUAACCGAUACAACAGUUAAUACAAGUAUUUUAGUUACUUUUAAGGAAGUAGCAAUAUAUCUUUUGAAUCUAUGCAUAUAUAAUUCAUUGUUUUUAUGCCCCCGAAGGGAGGCAUUUAGUUUUUGAACCGACUGUCGGUCUGUCAGUCUGUCGGUCUGUCAGUCUGUCAGUCUGUCGGUCUGUCAGUCUGUCCGCAAUUUUCGUGUCCGGUCCAUAUCUUUGUCAUCGAUGGAUGGAUUUUCAAAUAACUUGGCAUGAAUGUGUACCACAGUAAGACGACGUGUCGCACGCAAGACCCAGGUCCGUAGCUCAAAGGUCAAGGUCACACUUAGACAUUAAAGGAUAGUGCAUUGAUGGGCGUGUCCGGUCCAUAUCUUUGUCAUCGAUGGAUGGAUUUUCAAAUAACUUGGCAUGAAUGUGUACCACAGUAAGACGACGUGUCGUGCGCAAGACUCAGGUCCGUAGCUCAAAGGUCAAGGUCACACUUAGACAUUAAAGGAUAGUGCAUUGAUGGGCGUGUCCGGUCCAUAUCUUUGUCAUCGAUGGAUAGAUUUUCAAAUAACUUGGCAUGAAUGUGUACCACAGUAAGACGACGUGUCGCGCGCAAGACCCAGGUCCGUAGCUCAAAGGUCAAGGUCACACUUAGACUUUAAAGGAUAGUGCAUUGAUGGGCGUGUCCGGUCCAUAUCUUUGUCAUACAUGGAUGGAUUUUCAAAUUACUUGGCAUGAAUAUGUACCACAGUAAGAUGACGUGUCGCGUGCAAGACUCAGGUCCGUAGCUCAAAGGUCAAGGUCACACUUAGACGUUAAAGGAUAGUGCAUUGAUGGGCGUGUCCGGUCCAUAUCUUUGUCAUCCAUGGAUGGAUUUUCAAAUAACUUGGCAUGAAUGUGUACCACAGUAAGACGACGUGUCAUGCGCAAGACCCAGGUCCGUAGCUCAAAGGUCCUAAACUCUAACAUCGGCCAUAAAUACUCAUUCAAAGUGCCAUCGGGGGCAUAUGUCAUCCUAUGGAGACAGCUCUUGUUUGUAUAUUUUUUGUUUAGAUCUAUAUAUUGUCAGAUUUAUACGUUCCAUAACAGCGUUUCUUGAAGGAUUUUAUAAUUACUUGUAAAUGAAUGUGAUCAUCAUGCGCGAGUUUUAAGUAGAGACUUUUUUGUUAGGAUUUGAAUACAGAAAUUGAUGUUCAUGAACCCAUUUCCAUAAUACUUUGAUAUAUCUUUGACGGACUUUACCUAACAGAUUGGAUUUUUUGGUCAAAAGGUUCUUAAAGAAACAAACAUUUUAACAAGAUGUAGAAUAAUCUCGAACAUGAUAGAUCUGUAUCUUAAAUGCAAAAUAGAUUAUCAAUUAAAAUGG